CACACACACACACACCACGCCACCACCGCACGCAGAGAGCGAGCGCGCGAACGGAGGAGACAUGACCCACUCGCCGUCGGGAUCGCACGCGGCGGCGCCGUCGAUCGGGGACGAGGCCUUCACCGACGCGGCGGCGGAGGACGGCGGCGACUCCAAGCUCUCCGCGCUCCUCUUCGACGUGUCGCAGCAGGUGCAGGCUGGUCUCCAGAGCAUGCUCAAGAUGAGCAGCGAGAUCGCGCGGUGCGACGGCGAGAUCGACGCGGAGGUGGAGCGCGCGAGGGAUGCCGUGGCGGAGAAAAGCCGGGCGCUGCAUGACGAGCGGGAGAGGGUCCAGAAGGCCGCCCUCGCCGCGCUCGACAUCCUCAGCGGCGGCCGUGGCGCCAUCUGAAGGGAUACGCGCAGCACCGACGGCUGUCAGAUCAUACACGGUUCUCGUAAGAACUCUCCACCAUUUGUGAAUGUCACCUGCGUAGCCUUUUCCAGUAGCAGUAAUAUUUAGACUGAUGGGCUGGUGGCAUCGCAUCAUCAGUAAUCAAGUAGCUUGUUGCCUUUUAAACUGCCGGAACUUCAGAACUUGAGAUGUGCACGCACGAUAUGAUCGAUGGAGAUUGCCGUGGUAAGUACUAGUGCAGAGAUGAUCAGUGCUGUUAGCAUUGCACGUUACCGAAAAA